GCCAAAUGUAAUUGAUCUUUCAAGUGACACCAAACUAUGUACCGAGAACGAAAGUAGUUUGUCAUCAAAGAUGGAGCUAAGACUAUUAUUUUAAACCUCUGCAAUGAUCUUUUGUUCAUUUUUAUUGAUAACAGUGUGUUGGAUCCCACAAAAACAUCUGUUUGAGAAGCAUGUUAUGGUGAGGGUGAUGCUUUAGGCAUGCAGUUUGCAAUUUUCCAACAAUCUAGACUCAUUCUUUACUAGAUAAACACUUGUAAAAAAUUUACAUAUUGCUGCAGUAUGAGAGGAAUAAAAAACUUCAGGAUGUGCUGGUAUACGAAAUAAUCAACUUCAGAGCGUAUAUUGACCUCACUGGUUGAUAUUUUAAAAUAAGAGUAACAAGAAAUUUUGAUAGUUUUUUCUCAUACAUCUCCUCUACUAGCAAGACUCUUUCCUAAUCAAAAAAAUUGCUAACAGAAAUUCACUGAGUGGACUUAAUAGACAAGUUCCUUAUUAAAAACAAGAGCUCAGUGUAAUUGAAUUGGAGGCUAAACCUCUCACGGGAGGGUUCCUAAUCGCACCGUAGUCAUUGUUACCAUUACAGUAACACCUGAAUCUGAACCUGCUGAGAAAAGGUAGAGGAAAACAGGUGAUAGCUUAAAGCAUAAAGCAAAGGACUUGCUUGCUUGCAGUGACUUGCUUGUGAAAAUUCAUAUGAAUUGGACCUUGUAACAUGCACCCUUCCUUCCCAUCACUGCCCAAUAUCAGUACUGAAGUUAAAAUCUUUUAGAAGCCUUGAUAGAAGCAAAUACCAGUUAUUUCUCAUGGCACAGCAGUUUAACAUGUCGCAAGCAUUCAGGGCAGGUUUGAAAAAAGCAUGGAGGGCAAUAAUAAAUGCUAGCAUAUUGUGGACAUUAAGCACUACUUUAUCUGAGGACCUGCCAAUUCUGCCAUGUUUUAUACUCUUCUCUUUUUGGCAGAGAAGUGCAAGAACAUUAAGUGAGCCAAGCAGUAAGCUGACACACUGUUAGCUAGCUGAGGAAAAGAGAGGAAGAGCUAAAAAUAUGUCACCCAUAAGUUGAUAACAUGGCAAAAACUGGGUGGUAUAUUCUUGUCAUAAUUAUAUCUGGGUCAUAACCAUUAUGAGCAAUGCAAGAGUCAGAUUAGCAAUUUAAAUCUUUGACACACGAUAUACCUGGUUACAUCGUAAUUGUUAUUUUCAGCACUUAAAUGCUUAAUAUCUAAUAAGUCAUAAUGUAAUAGAAGGUAUUAUAUUUUUGGUCUUAUGACAUUUUCGCCUUCUAGACCAAGCCCAAUUUGUAAUAACUCAUAAUCUCAUAAGCCAUAAUUUCAUAAACGUUAUCACUACACUACACUACUACAAUGGUGUUCAAUGCUUGAUUGGUCAGAAGGUAUUGAUUGAUCAAAUCACAGGUUUAUAUUAAUGCUUUAAUUCUAAUAUGUUACUGUUUCUAUAGUAACGAAUUACACAGAGACUUGAAUGGAGGAUGCUCCACAUGAACAGAUGUGUAAUCUUUAAUACGGUGACGUUUUCUGUGAGGAGGCAUUUAUUUAGCAAUUGUCUCCAGAGCAAUUGCUUUGUACCAGUCAGAGGUAACUUUCAAGUUCUGCAACAUCUUCAAGACAGAAGAGUUUUCACUUACUGUUUUUUUUUGUCUUCAAGAGAGAGAGAAAAAAAGGGGCUGUUAUAUCUAUACCUGCUAUAAUGUAAGUGAGAACAGGAGUGUUUCGUGGAUGUUCUACAAUGUUACAACACUGUUGUGGUAUGAGAGGAAUACAGCACUGCUGUUCUAGGAAAAGAAUCAACUUUCAGGUGGCAACAGUUACCACUCCAUCACUGAUUAUUUUCCUAUAACAGCACAUCCAGUUGUGUUUUUACUUAUGUAAUUUGUUUUAAUGCAUUUCUAUAUAAAGACUUGCCCCAACUUUGACUCUAAGUAUCAACAUAAUAUCAUGUUUAGAAAUUUAUAAAGAUUUUCAAAAGCUGACUCAUGAUAAAAGUUCAGAAAUUACUUUGAGGGAAGGACUAAACGUUUGUAGCCUUCCUUUUUUUUCUCUUAUAAUGACUUCAGGUUAUAAAUAUUGUAAUUUAUUGCCUUGUUUUCCUCCCAAGAUUCUCUCUACAUGAGAAGCUUUUGUCCUCUUGACAAAUACAUCUCAAAUUCAAUUUACUGCUACCAUGCAUCUCCAUAUUUCUGGUACAUUUACCAUAAAUCCAGCUCUGCUCAAAUUCCUUGCAUCUAUGCCAGUGAGAGAUGCUUACCUCAUUUGUUUUGGCUGCAGGUACUUUGCACUGUGUUAACUUCCCAUUUGCAAGCACUGUGUGCUUUCAAGCACAGCACUUGACUAAUGACUCCAGAUCACUGCCAUUAUAGUGUAUUAGCCUGAUUACUCAGGUCUAACCAGUGACAGAUUAAAUAAAAUCCCAUAGCUUGCUCAGAGGACACUACUGAUCUGUAACUCACCACCUGCCUGUUUCCCUCCUCAUCAUCUUGUAAUGUUGGAGUACAUCUUCAUGAUGAUGUGUGUGGUUUGUAACCGUGUAGCUCCUGCAUCAAAUAAAAAAAAAAAAUACAAAUAAAACUUGACCUUUUGGGUUGGAGGUGUUCUAGUAGCAAUACAAUAAAGCUAUAAUAUGAUGUCAAAUAACAUACCAUGCUGAUUAGUCUAUUCUUGCUGACUGAAAGCAGGGAUAAUAAUUAAAUCUAAAUCAAGUUGGUUGUUAGUUGUUACCAGCAUUACCAGUUACAAAAAUUCUAAACAUAUGGCAUCAUAAUUAUUUGAAAUAAAUAAAUAAAUAAAGUAUGUGAAAAAUCUAUCCCCAAAUUAAAAAUCCUCAAAAAAUAAACAAUAUCCUUACAUAAAUUUUGUUGAUUUUUAUGGCAAUACAUAAAACAAGGGUUCCAAGCACUUUGUGAUUGGCCCCCUGAAUAUGCAAUGUUCAAACUGUACUGAAAUUCUCUGCAGUUUCCCAUCAGGGGGCAGUGUGUGAUCACAAAUUAAUGUCAUUAACAUGCUCUAGGCUGUCUUAAAAUUAGAGUCGGGUCUUUAAGUGCCUGUUGUCUUCUGUUUAUGAAAUUAAUGCAAAGCUGGUUAUUCUUAAUCAAAGUCUGUUACAGGUUUUAUUAGGUGUUAUACUAUUUGAAGCUAUAAGCUAUGUGAUUAAAGAAUGGGCCAAAUAGAGGUGUGCUUUGUGACUGGGAUCCCACAGGACCCAACACUUGAGCAGUAGGUCUGAUAUGAAACUUUGGGCCCUGUUUUUUAACAUUGGAGCUUAUUGGAUAUAGCAGGUUGCUUGCACUUUUUUGCUAAGUUAAUUCGUCCAUCUUUACUAAAUGCUUUAUCCUGAUCAGGGACUUUUUAGUUUAAAUUACUAACUUAAAUUUAUACUGUAUUUGGGAAACGGAAUCAAUAAAUAAAACUUUGAGGGUGAGUCUAUGUAAAAAUAACCACAGGGGCAGGCAGGAUUGAUCAGAAUUCCUUCAAGAGCAGAUUGGAGUGGGAUUUUUAAAAAAGGUCCCUGCAGGAUUAAAAUUCCUUUCCCUCUAUGAACUACACUGACAUAAGAACUUAAUAAGAAGGCCUUUGCUUGACUAAAUGUGGACACACCACAUGCCCUCUGCAGUUCUUCAGCUCAGUCCAGAAGAUGACAGUCCUACUGAAAACAGUUAAGAUAAGAAUCAGGAAACUCUAGGGUAGCUUAUUUUUUAAUGCAGUAAACACAAUGUUGGCACCUCUAAGGACCCUCGUUCAUAAUUUUCAUCCUGAAAGUAAGUUUCUUUACGCAUACACACACAACAGUGUCUAUAGUCUUUUACAGACAGCACUUGAAACACCUAUUUGAAACAUUUGUGACACCAUUGACCCGAAAUAUUGCUUUGAUCAAAUAUUGCUUUAUCAAAGUUGCCAAAUUAUACUGUAUAUAUGACUUCAGCAAACAAGCAUGUAUUUUGUAUUUUCAUACUGUCUUGAAAUGUUGGGUUUGGGUUGCUAAGAGGCAAAGUGAACCCCAGGGUAAGCUUGUGUCAAUGGUACUGGAACUACCAAUCUAGAGUCAGCCCUAAUAACAUAGUUUUAGUCUAAUGGACUGAUUUAGAUGAGUCAGCAAGAUUUCCACAGAACACCUGAUAAUAAAUAAUAAUAAUACGUUUAUUUUAUAUAGCACCUUUCUGCAAACUCAAGGUCACUUUACAAUAUGAAAAUAGAUAAACAUGACAGCAGACAAAGAACAAAAGGAAAUAAACAAGAAAUCCAUGGCAUGAGUCAGAUCAUACAGUCAGAGAUCAGAAAAACAAGAAAGAAAAAGAUGUGUUUUAAGGUGGGUUUUGAAAUCCUGUAAUGAAGAAAGAUCACGUAUGUUUUUGGGAAGAGAAUUCCCAAACAGUAGACCAGUAUCUGAAGAGCGUAAUGUGCGAACUGGGGAGUAAGUAUGAAUGAGAUCAGAAAUGUAUGGGGGGGCGAGACCAUGAAGUGCUUUGAAGGUGAUGAGGAGAACCUUGUAUUGAAUACGAAAACGAACAGGUAGCCAGUGAAGUCUGUGUAGGAUGGGAAUAAUAUGAGAGGAUUUCUUAGAAAAAGUGAGAACCCUAGCUGCAGAGUUCUGGAUAUAUUGGAGCUUAUUUAAUGUUGUGUUUGGUAGACCAUAGAAAAGAGAAUUACAGUAGUCGAGUCGAGAAGUGAUGAAGGCAUGAACCAGUGUCUCAGCGUCAUUGAUAUUUAAGAAGGGACCUAAACGAGCAAUAUUAGGGAGGUGAAAGAAGGCAGAUUUGCCUUCUUUCUUGUGAGUGAAGAAACGUGAGGAAGGAAGGAGAGAGAGGAGUCAAAGAUUAUACCCAGGUUUUUAAAGGUGGUGGAGGGUCGAACCAAAAUCCCAGCAAUGUUAAUAUUAUCAGCAUAGAAAGGAGUAACAUCUUUUGGUGAACCGACAAGUAGUAGAUCUGUUUUGUCAGUGUUGAGUUUGAGAAAGUUACUGGUCAUCCAAGCAUUUAUAUCAUUAAUACAAGCUGUUAUGGAGUUGGUGGGAAAAGGAGAGCUGUGUUGAGAACUGAUAUAGAGCUGGGUGUCGUCUGCAUAGCAAUGGAAGUUAAAGCCGUGAUGACGAUUAAUGUAACCUAAAUGUAACCUGAUGUCUGACUGAGCAAAAAAGCUCACACUAUGUAAUUUUUCACAGCAGAAAGAGAUGAUUUUGGUGAUAUUAAAAGAGUUUUGGAUGACUGGAAUAUUUAUGAGUAUCUCUUCCACUUGUAUCUUGCAAGAGAAUGUGUUCCAAGCAAGACUGUUAAAAAGUGUGAAAGAGAAUUUUGAGACUUACAACACUUACAUGUUAUAUUUGUUUACACAAAUUAAGUCCAUUUAAUACAGAACAUACAGUAGUUAUUGUAUGUAAUGUUUCCAAAUGUCACACUCUUUCUACACAAACAAUACAAUAAUAAAAGUCGAGUCUUUAUUUUACUCAUUUUACUCACUUAUGCAUUUGUCCUACUGUACUCCUGAUUCAGGGAACUAUUGAGCCAAAACAUGCAUGUUAGUUCAGUAAAUGCAUAAAAAUGCGCCAUGCAUUGAGGCAAAUUUGGAUUCUGUUUUUGUAUAGCCACCAUAAACAUACACUUACUCUGUUCUCCACACUAUGGAUCAAAGCAGAAUGCACACCAUUAGUAGGCAGAGAGAGGACCAAACACGCUGCAGUGUUGAUCCCCCUAAAGCCACUGGAGUUUUCCAGCUGUACAGCUACACAAGAGCACACACACACACACACGUUGUUCUGGGAUCUGUGUGUAUGCUCAUUCACUACAAAUCCAGCCUGCAGCCUGUGGCCAGCUUUUCUUUCUCCUUGAAGGUCAGAAACUCUUGCGUAGAACCAACACACAGAUUCUGUAACCUCAAGCAGGAUAAUAAGUGAACAUGGAGGUCACACAUACAGUAAAGUACUGUGGGUUUUCUACCCACUCCUACACUGAAAGGAAUCUUUCUUGUGAAAUUACUCUCUUGAAACCAAUUCUCUAUCCACACAUACCUGUAUUUUUCUCCAUUAGGGACCUAUUAUCAUGGUUUAGGCAUCCAUUUUCCUUUUUUUCCCCACCAACUCUUAUCCUGUCAUUCUACAAUUGUUAGUUCCAGCCACUGUAAGUUAGUUACUGUUAUCACUUAUGUCAUAGCAGCUAUACACAGACGUUCACUCACCUUUUUUUUUUUUGUGGAACCUGUGUCCACAACCAUACACCUUGGUACCUCAGAGGAAGUAGGAAGAAAAUCAUACCCACAACGGACUUCCAUAUGCUUUUUUUUGAAGAUCACCAUGAACAACAAGAGCAAAUGGUGCAUUUGGCAAUGUUUACGUCUUGUUCAGUUGCUCUUGAUAUCAAAAUAUAUUUAUUUAUUCCAGACACUGACUAGAUGGCAGCUGAUAAACGAAGCAAGGGAGAGAUAGACACCUGGAGGAGGACACCUGGGAACGAGUGAGGAGUGCAACAUGACUUUGGUCUACUCCCUUCACACUCAAUGACAUCUUACUUUAUUUUUCACUCAGAGGCAUGACUUUUUCUUUCCUGGCAGGAGGUUGAAGAAGACCAAAAAAAUUUAUUUUUAUGGACAAACAUUCUGACCAGGUAAAACUAAUAUUAGAUACAGUGCUUCAACCUACAGUAGUAUUGACUGGCUUGCUCUGACAGCAGUAGUUGUUGUUUAUGUCGUGAUUCAUGUGUUAAAAACUAAUACUCUUUGUUGCUUCAGGCGGGAAUAUGUUAAUAUAUUAUUUCAAAGCUCAAGUACAAAAUGUGUUGUUUGUGGCUGCACUUACAACCAGGCGAAACUUAAUUUUGGCUUAAAGAAGAGUGCUACAUACACAGACCUAAAGUUAAGGCAGACUCCUCCUAGUGCUGUAGCUAUAAAAGACUAGUAGAGCUCAGAUAAUGCUACUACUACUAGCCUAAUACCAAUACUAGUAAUAAUAAUAUUAUUAAUAAUAAUAAUUAUCAAUAUCAUCUUUUUUUAUCCUUAAUUUACUGACCUUCCACAGUAUUGCAGCUGCGUGACUACAAGAGCGUCCUGGACCUGCGAUACAUGAGCACCCUGCAGUCUGUAUGACACCUGAUGUUGCCACUAAAACCCAAGCUUUAUGGUGUAAAACUUUCAGGCUUUGACUUGGCUCUACGUCAGCUUUUAAGUACCCAAAAUCAUUUCCCACAUCCUUAAGUAACACAUGACUGUGAAGAUACUGGUAAGCCUUCGCGCUUUUCAAAUUGCUCAUCACAAGCAACUGAAUCAACAAAAUAGUUAAAUGUGCUACUGUAAGUUAUCCGCGGCCACUUUUAUAAAUUGUCCUCCCAUUCCUCUAUUAAGAAAGGGACGGGUAUGUUGAUGUUGUCCUUUAUAGGCUCUGUCAGAGUGUGAUUCUACAUCUAGCUACGUAUGAUUCCACAUCUUGCAUCUUGAGCCUUCUUGAAUGAAUGAAUGAUUAGCGACACCGCUGUGAUAGGUUUGUUUACGUCUGAACGGAAAUUACUCCCAUAAUUUGCGCAAAGCAUAAUGAGGCGUAGGAAACAGGUGGAUAUAGGAAAGAAAACAGUGGCCUUAGAGCCUUGUGGAACAUCAAACUUCACUUUUGUAUCGAUCAGUCACAUAAGACCUUAGCGAGGAAAGAUCCAUUCCCUUAACUCCAACAAAAUGUUUCAGCCUGUCUAGAAGAAUAUUGCUAGAUACAAUGCUGAUCAGAAGCCAGUAAUAGGUCAUUAAGGCCCCAUCCUUAGCAUUUCAGCUACUAUGCUGCUGUGAUUUAUAGCUUUAUGUUAAUGGUGGAUUAAAAUGCAAUUAUAGUGACCUCUGAGGGGAGAAGGUCUUUAAGGUUUGGGACAGACAGUUUGUGGGAUUUGUCAUUAAUCUUACAGAAAGAGAUUCAUGACUUAUUCACAGUGACCUUUGGUAACUCAUGGGCCAUAGGUAUGUGUGUGCAUAUGCAUAUAUUAUUUAUUUCGUCUGUUUCAACAACAGAGUCUGCUGAUGUACAAUUGUGGAGAAGGAAACGAUCAAUUAGACACCUGAUCAUAAUGACGCAAAAUGGAGAACAGUGUUUAUUUGUAACUUUAUUUGUAAUUAUGUUCUGUGCUUCCCAAUCUAUUCCACAAACAUUACUUCAAAACUAAAAAUAUUAUCCAGGUCCUGGGGAAAUAAAAUGUUCAUGAGGAAUAAGAUGGACAAAAGUCAAGUCAAGCAGACUGGGCUUAAGCACACUCCAUCCAAAUUUUUGCAUCAGACAAUACCACAGACAAUUGGCAUAAAUCAAUCAAUAGAACAGCUGUUUGCUAGGAACUACCAAGUAUCCACCAUCCAUCUGCUUUCACAGGUACAUUACACUGACACACACAUAUACACCCAAUCACACCACGAAAAACAACACUCCCUCUCAGACCAACAAAACUCAGAAUGCAAUCAGCCCAACAAAACUCAGCACUCCCUCUAUCCCACCCUAUAUUCCAGCAGAAUAGGACGUGACAAUCUGAGGCUAAUUAUACAAUUUGUCCAUAUUCUCUAGCAAUAACUUGCUACUAUUUCUGUUGUAAUCGUAGAUUGCUAGUAUUUGGGAAACAUGUAGCUGGAUAGCUUAUAUUGUUUUGUAAUUGUAAUGAACACCUACUUAAGGUAACAUCUGUGUUUCCAAAAAAGUUGAAAAGUUGAGUUCUUUUUUCAUUUCUCAUUAGACAUACCCAUUAGCACUAGUAAAGCUGUAAAUGAUUAGCAGGAUUUUUUUCUCCCAAUUUCUCCCCAAUUUGGUUACUUGCUUAUUUCCACCCACCAGUCAGCUUUCCCCUAUCAUACAACACUUACCAACUGGGGAGGGUGAGGGUUAACACAUACUUCCUCCAAGACAUGUGAAGCCAGUCACCGCAUCUUCUCAAACUGCUCAUGGUAAUUUGAUUGACAGGGAUGAGAGAAUAUGCCAUCCCUUCAACCCAGAUUUGCUCCCUUGGCUCCUGGCCACAGAUGGCAGUGGCUUAGGGCAAACGGUUUUCUGUUGCGCCACUUGAGAGCGAUUAGCAGGAUUAUUUACAAGUUGUCAGAGAUUGUAGCAUAAAGUAUAUUUUAUAGCAAAUAAAUAAAUAUAAAUUCAUGCAUCCACUCUGAAGAAUGUAGGAGAAUGUCAGCUUUCUAGCUAGCAAAGGUAUUGCUAUCUAAGUUUCCUUCGGGUAACAUCAGCACAUCAGCUAGCUUCUAGCAGUAGUAAUUUAUUUGUCUGCAAUAAUUUUAAAUGUUUGAAAUCUGAACUUUUUCCAGAAAGUGGUUCAAUGCCUGUUAAGUUUUUUUAAAAUUUUUUUUAAAAAAAACAUGACAGCUGUGAAAAGUUUUAAAGAAACAAAGCAGUGAAUCCCUUUGGUAAAUACACUCUUUUCAGUUCAUCUCUUGUUGCGCUGUUUAGAAGGAGGUACUGAGAACGCAAGGUCUCAUCUACCGCCGAUUAAAAUCCCAGCAGCCCCUGAGUCAAUCAGUGGAACAAGCACUAGAAACAGACUUACUUGUCUUAUUUUUGUUAUAUGAUAUUUUUAUAUUUGUUAAAUAAUAAUGAGAAAUAUUAGAUAACUUUUACUUUAUUCGAGAUAUCUUCACUUGCUACGAUUUCUUGCAGUGAGAUUUCAUCAUCUAGACUCUUCUAUGAGUGAAAAGGACAUAUUUGUCUUUGGCCCUCUGGAUGCCUGUAAACACAUGCAAAUUAUUAUACUUUCCCGUAUGCUGCCAUUGCACUGACACAUCCGUGUGUAAGUAGACUCACCUUUCCCUGUAACCACAUGUUAACCACACGUAAAAGAAGACUUACAGGCUCCUGUAACCACAUGCAAAAUAUAUACUUUUUCACAGACAUUGCCAUCCUACUGAUAUGUCACUUGUUAUUGAACUCCUGUAUACUGACAUUCGAGGAUCACAAAGAAACACAUGAAGAAAAAAAACACUGGAGAAGACAGAAACAAAAAAUACUCAGUGUGCACAAUUUGGCUAAUAAAAAUACACACACAGGAAACGACCAGGUGUGUGGUUUUUGUUCUCUACACUGUCUUUUAGCUACCCAAUACCCGAUCAUGGGCUUCCGCUAAGAGAGUGAAGAGACAUGAAAACAUUCUAAGGCACAAGUUAAUGAUCAAAAUAGGCAAAUUCUAAAACAGACUGACCAUAGAAACUCAUGCAAAGAGCCCCAACCCUGAAACUGUGCUCUGUUGUGUAUUUCAGAUGACGUCACUCUCUAGGUUUGCAUAUGACAGAGACAGGAGGGGUGAAGAGGACAGACUAGUGAGAGGACAGACAAGUGAGAGGACACUGAGGUACAACAACAUACAGGGAAGAGAAAUACAUACAAAAAACUGUGAGCAUCCAGAAAUGGGUCAUAACUGGGUUUCUGUCAUCAUCGUUUUCUCAGUUGUUUAUAGUGCAGAGGCAUUAAUUCCUCAUCGCUAUCACUUUGUGAAUGAGAGUAAAAACUGGAGUGAAGCUCAGAUUUACUGCAGAGAGAAAUACACUGAUCUCGCCACCAUCAACAACAUGGAAGAGAUGAAGAAGCUGAAUCACACACUGAAGACGGAAACUGCAGAGCGAGCUUGGAUCGGUCUACAGAGAGAGGGCACUGGGGAAUGGCAGUGGUCUCUGGCAGACCAAACUUUCUACAGAGACGGAGACACUUACAGAAACUGGAGGAGUGGAGAACCAAACAAUUGCAAGAAAAAUGAGUUCUGUGUUCAACUCAUUAUGAACUAUGGCUCGUGGAAUGAUGAGCAGUGCAAUGAGAAAAGACCUUUUGUGUGUUAUGAAGAUAAGCUGAUCCUGAUUAAGGAGAAUCUGACCUGGAAAGAAGCUCUGAGAUACUGCAGGAACCAUCAUUAUGACCUGGUCUCAGUGCGCACUGAGGAGAUGCAGCUCUGGGUGAAGGAAGUGGCUCGAAAUGCCUCCACUGAACACGUGUGGCUCGGCCUGCGUCACACCUGCGCUCUGGGCUUCUGGUACUGGGUGACUGGAGAGAUGAUCUGCUACCAGGACUGGGCUCCGGGGAAUGGGACAGGGUUCGAAGACUGCAGCAAUGAGGAGAGAACCGGAGCAGUGCAGUCUGGAGGAGAGCAGCAGUGGAUCAGCCUGCCUCAGAGCUACACACUCAACUUCAUCUGCUCUACCUAUGAAGGCUGAAGACAAGCUGUGGUUCAUCUUCUGUAUCCAACAUUCACAUUACUCACAUUAUUCACAAUUAACAUUAGUAUCCCAUUUAUAUAUUUUCGACAUACUGUACAUUUUAAAUUUGUAAAUUUAAAUAUAAAUUUAAAAUGUCUUGUUCAUCCUGAUUAUUUAUCUUACUAUUCAAAUUAAAUUAUUUGGAUGUCCUCAGAAUUAUUUACCCCCCCUCCCCCCGUUCCUCAACACAAAUUUUCUCUGCCAAAUUAGAUGGAGAAUGCUGGUAGGCGGCAAUUUUCAUGCCAUGCCACAGAUUUUCACAGGGGUUUGACUCAGGGCCAUUUCAGAACACAAACCUUCUUUUUUUCAAACCAUUGCUUUGUAGUUUUUGGACCAUCGUUCUCUUGGGACAUAAAUUUUUGCACUAGACACAGAUUUAUGGUUGACUGGAACAGAUUUCACUCAGGAAUUUGCUUGCAUUUGGCUUCAUCCAUGUUGCCCUUGAUGGCAACAAGAUUUCCAGGUUCCUCUUGCUGAAAAGCAACUCCAGAGCAGGAUGCUACCACCACCACCACUACCACCACUCUUGAUGGUGUUACCUCGGUGUUGGACUGUAUUUGGUCUGCGCCAAACAUAACACUUUGGUUUUUAGACCAAAUGGCUCAAAACCUUUUUCCAAAAGUGCACUUUUAUGUGAUGUUAGCCUUUCUCAGAAGUGGCUUCCUUCUGGCCUCUCUCCCAUAGAGGCCAGGCCUCUGAAGAGCUGGUGAUCUUGUUGAUGUCUGUGCAGGUUCUCAUAUUUCAGCCAGUGAGCUCUAUAACUCCUCCAGUGUCAUAGCUGGACUCUUGGACACUUCUCUUGCAGUUGCCUUUGAGCUUGGUAGUGUCUGGGUUGUGCCAUAUUUUUUUUCCCCACUUUGUUAUAAUGGAUUUCACAGUGCUCCUUGUAUGGUUCAAAGCUUUGUUGAUCUUUUUAUAACCUUCUCCAGCGUUUUUUUUUCUCCUGUUUGCCAUUUCAGCCAUGAGACCACCCAAAUUCAGUGAUAUUUUUCAUGCCAGCAUACAAUUGGACACAGGUGGAUUUGAAAUGAACACAGGUGCACGUUGUUUAACAUAUUUAGUAUGAGUGCUCAAGUAAAUUAAUUACCUCUCUU